AGUCUCUCUGCAUAUUAAUGAGUCUGAGGAAAGGGCAGCAGGAAAUGUUUUAAAAGAGGAGGAAAGCGGCAGUGCUCAGACAGAGAACAGCUGAAACUGAUGGGGUUGCAAUAGCAAGCAGUAGCCGCAGCCAAGAGAGCAGAUCCUAGGUAUUUGCAUACCCUGGCAGCACCAAGUUUCAGUCUGAUCAGUGCAUCUGAUCAAAGAACAGAGGCAAGGUGGGGGGGAAGCAGAUUAUUCAAGUGAGAUCUAAGCAAACAUCUCUUUAGGUACCUGAGAUCUUUUUAUCAUGAAACUCUUCACAGUCAUUUUUCUUUUAGUGUUCAUUGCAAUCUGCUUUACCAGCAUAGAAGGAUCCAAAUGCAAAUGUGCAAGAAAGGGUCCUAAAAUAAGAUUCUCUGAUAUACAGAAACUUGAAGAGAAACCAAAGUAUCCAUAUUGCAAGGAGAGAAUGAUCAUUGUCACCAUGAAAUCACGAUUCAGAGGAGGCCAUCAGUAUUGCUUGCAUCCUAAACUCCCGAGCACAAAAAGAUUACUUAAGUGGUACACAAUAUGGAAAGAGAAAGAGAGAGUUUAUGAAGAAUAAGAAGGUAAAAGGAUAAUACAAGAAACAAAGUUGUGUGGUGGACAUAAGGAAAGGGAUGGACUAUGGAGGAGGUUACUUCUCACAAGACAUGACUCAAAUACUAUAUUGUUAUAAAGCACUUUUUACCAAGGAUUACUUUUUACAUUUUAUAGCUGCCAGAUUUCAUAAGUGUCUUUUACAUAUUAGAUUUCAUACAUUCCCCUUUUGAAGUGAGAAAUCUCAUGAGUCGUAAUUUUUGUUCUAAAGGUGUUUUUUUUAAAUGUAUUGAAAGCUAUUCAUAUAUCACUGAUUCGAGACUGGGCUUUAUAAGCUCAUUCAGUGAACCAUAAUUUGUACACACACACAAGGUGUUCUGAAAUGGUGUCUCUUCUUUGGCAUUGAAGCAGCUUCCUAUGCCAAUGCGAAGAUUUCCUGUAACAGAAUAUAUCUUUUUCUGUAGGGGAUGGGGGACAGUUAAGUAUUUAGAAUAUUAUAUUUGGGAUACAGUAAGUUCUCAGUGGUUGUAAAAUUAUAUAAACUAUUCACCUGUUAAUCCUUGUGGAGGGUAUAAUACAAUAAGCUACCCUCCAUCAUAUUUGUCUGUGAAGAAAAAGAAACUUUAUAAAGCUGUUUUAAUACAAAGAAAGCACAUAUUUUUGUUCAGCUAAGGUUCUUAUGAAAAGUUUGCAGCUUCAGGAUUGAGAUAUUUUAAGCUUCAGGAAUAUUGUGUAUGGUUCUUUAGAUUUAUAGUCUGAGACUCUCAAAAAUAUAACUUUUUACAGGAAAAAAAAACCCUACUCUGAUAAGGGAAUGAAUAUACACACUUUAGUCACAAAGCAACAUCAUUAUUAUGUAAUGUAAUACUUCCAUUGGUAAGGAGUGCAUUCGUCUUUUUAAAAUUAUAAAUAACAAACUACCUUUUCAAUUGUAAAUAUACUACAGGAGAUUUCCCUAUAUUAUCUUUCAGUAUAAUGUAUUGUACUUCUAAAUUAUCAUAUGCUAUUUAAAUGUUUGGAAUAUUUAGGGAGUUGCAUGCAGAUUUCAUAUUUCUUUCUAUGGCAAAUGGAAAAAAUAA